AGUCUGGGAACACCUUGACAUCAUUUGCAUCCUUACCGUUAAAGCGUAACCCAUUUUAAUGUUUAAAAUGCAGUCUAGGUGGUGAGUUAUAUCACCAGUGGUCAGAAAGGAAGGACUUGUGUCAACACAACUGUCAGUGCUGAUCUUCCCUGCAGGAUACAGGGUUUGAUAUCAACAGGCCCUGGGGACACGUCCCGUUAACACACCGCGAGGUGAGUGAUGGUGCUCUGGAGUGGUCAGAGGAGCGGAAUUACAAUGUCUCUGCUGCCAUUGAAACACUUAAAGGCUCCACAGAGAGGAGGAGAAGGGGAGGACGUCUCCGUGCAUCCGUCCAUUCAUCAAAACACUCAGUAACUGCUCUCCGCCGCCAGGACCUGCUGAGCGAGCCUUGCAACGAGGCGCGAGACAAACACAGCGAGCAUCGGCGGCAGCAGCGGCGGUGAACAACGGUCGCACGCGCAUACCGGUGAGAGGGGGGGCAGCUGUGGGCAGGAGGCUCAGCGUGGAGAGAAAAGAGAGCCCGUCUGUCAGUGUUAGUCCCCGGUGUGGAUGUAGAGAGGGGAACACCGUCAAACUCUGCUUUCCAGCCGCAGACUGAACGCGUUUUACCGAGGGUCCUCCCUGGUUGCUGGUUUAAAGCUCUGGUCCUCAUCUCUGGCCGGGGUGGACAGCCUCCCCCCCUCAGUGAAGAGCAACAUGACCCAGGAGGGGCAGGCUCUGCCCUCUCCCACCCCACCAGAGAGCCCAGUGGAGCCCGAUACAGCCACCACCGACCCCCCCACAGAGACCCAGGACAAGCUGAGGGUAGCAGAGAAGGACGAGGAAGGGAGACAAGGACAGAUCAGGGAGGGAGAGACACAUGGGGAUGUAGAAGGGAGGGAAGAAGUAAAGGAUGAACGAUCAGAGGGUAAGUUAAAGGAGGAGAGGGUAGAUCAACAAACAGAUGGAGGGGGGGAGGAAGGGAGGGAAGGGACGAGAGCAGAAGGAUAUGGAAAUGUGGAGGGGAGCUCAACGAGGGAGGAGGCAACACAUGAGGAGGAGGAGAUGAAAGAAGACGAGGAGGCGAAGGAAAAGGAAGAGAUGCAACUGUCUACAGAGGGGGAGGAAACUCACCCACAACCAGCUGGGGGACUCGCAAAUGGCAUAGGUGGUAAUGAAGAGGAAGAAGAAGUGGGAGAGGAAGAGGAGGAGGCAGGAGAUGAACCAGGGACUCACUUGGACACUUUUAGCUCUAACUUUGAGACGACUGUAGAACAGGCCGACACAGAGGUGGAGGAAGAGGAGGAGGAGGAGGUCCAGAGAGAGGGAAACCAGGACAGUUUCAGCUCUGCGUUUGAGCAGAUCGUCGAGCAGGUGGACGUUCAGGAAGAGGAGGGAGAUGAGGAGUUAGAGGAGGAGGGGGAGAAGGGGAGGGUUGACAACAAAGAUGGCUUCAGCUCCACCUUCGAGCGCAUCGUGGAGUCGGCCCUGCUGAGGGGCGGGACCUGCUACAGCAGCCUGGACUCUCUGGACGUGCUGUCGCUCACGGACGAGACAGACAGCUGCGUCAGCUUCGAGGCGCCACUGACGCCGCUCAUCCAACAGAGGUCACUGUUACAGGGGCCCGAACCCCUGGAGCUGGAGCUGGAGACAGUGCAGGAGCAGGAAGGGGCCGAGGCAGGGCCGGACUCCCCGGGCGAGGGGGAGAUCACUGUUCCUGGAGCAGGAGCUAUGGCUGGAGUAGGAGGGAGCCCCCUGAGGACCACCAUACCUGGGAGCAGGUCUGAGUUUGUGCUGUGUCAGUCUGGACGCUGGGCCAUCUCUAACGGAUACCACACUGACUCCCAGAGAGCCAUGGUCAACUCGGUCAGCGAUGCCAACCUCACAGACGUGCUGUCGGACUCGGAGGAGUGCGAUCUGGGCAGUCUGGAGCGCUUGGAGCGCGGCAGCACCGACACGCUGGCCAAUGGCUGCCGAGCCGACUGUGAGGCAGCCAAGAGGCUCGCCAAGCGCCUCUACCACCUCGAGGGCUUCAAACGCUGCGACGUGGCCAGACACCUGGGCAAGAAUAACGAGUUCAGCCAGUUGGUGGCGUCGGAGUACCUGAGCUUCUUUGAUUUCUCCGGCUUGUCUCUGGAUCGAGCCCUGAGGAACUUCUUAAAGGCAUUCCCACUGAUGGGAGAGACCCAGGAGAGAGAGCGGAUCCUCGUGCAUUUCUCCAGACGCUUCUGCCACUGCAACCCACAGACGCUCUCCUCUGAAGGUCACAGGCUGGAGUAUGAUGAUGACGAUGAUGAUGGAGCUCACACAUUAACCUGCGCCCUCAUGCUGCUCAACACCGAUCUACACGGACAUAAUAUCGGGAAGAAGAUGUCCUGCCAGCAGUUUAUCAGUAAUCUAGAUGGCCUGAACAGUGGCAAAGACUUCCCUAAAGACUUGUUGAAGGUCUUGUAUAACUCCAUCAAGAAUGAGAAGCUGGAGUGGGCAGUGGAGGAGGAGGAGCUGAGGAAGAGUCUGUCGGAGCUGGUGGAGGAGCACUGCGAGGGCGGCAGCAAGCGUGUUGCCAGGGUAACGGACGGCCAUAACCCUUUCAUCGCCAUCCCCGUUCAGCUCAACGCCGUGACCUACAAACACGGGGUGCUGACCCGCAAGAGCCACGCCGACAUGGACGGCAAACGCACCCCGAGGGGUCGCCGCGGCUGGAAGAAGUUCUAUGCGGUGCUGAAAGGGAUGAUCUUGUAUCUCCAGAAGGAUGAAUACAAGCCUGACGCAGACAUCUCAGAGGUGGACCUGAAGAACGCAGUGCGGAUCCAUCACGCUUUAGCCACUCGUGCCACUGACUACAGCAAGAGAGCCAACGUGCUGAAGCUGAAAACCUCCGACUGGAGGGUCUUCCUUCUGCACGCCUCGAGUGAGGAGGAGAUGAUGUCUUGGAUCUUCCGAAUAAACCUGGUGGCGGCGCUCUUCUCCGCUCCCGCCUUCCCCGCCGCCAUCGGCUCCAUGAAGAAAUUCUGCCGGCCCAUCCUGCCGUCUUCAUCCACCAGACUCAAACAGGAGGAGCAGCUGCUGAGUCACGAGAACAAGCUGAAGCAGAUGAGCCUGGAGCUGGAGGAGCACCGGAAAAACUCAGUCGACCCAAAAAGCCGCGAGUGGGAGGAGUACCGGCUCAAAGAGCACUACCUCACGUACGAGAAGACCCGCUAUGAGACGUACAUCAGCCUCCUGCAGGCCAAACUCCGCGCGGAGACGGACGACCUUGAGAAGAUCGAGGCCAGCGUGAUGGGGGGCCUGAUCAUGGAGGGUGGGCUGGCCGGUCGGGAGUGUCACCUCCGCAAGACCCAGUCCUCCCCGUCCAUCAGCCAGGCUCAGGGCGGGCUGAACGGGAGGACGGCCCCGGGACAGAGGAGCUGAGGGGAGGAAGGAGGACCGCGAAACAAACACCCCUCCAACUGCUUACUGGCUGUUUCCUGUUAGUGUUUCUGUUUUGGGCUCCUCCUGUAGGAGACAUGACACCCCCCCCCUUCCAGAAUUCUGGUGAUUCUGUCCUUGAGCAAUAGAUGAAGAAGAGCCCGUGCUCAACAAGUGACCCUGCCAAACCUCAGUCCUUUGAACUCUUAUUGUUAUUAUUAUUGCACAUCGACAUGAUCAUUAACCGUGAUCACUAUUUAUAACUACAUCUUCAGUAUUAUUUCCCAACUCAGAGCUAGUUGUGUUUUCUAGUUGUGAGUCAUUUAUAAUGUAUUAGUUAAAGGCCACGAAAGAGGAGGAUUCAGACGGACAUGGUACUACUGUAGCAUUUAGGCCUUUUGUCGCCACUCAUGUUUACACACCCAGCCACUCGCAGGCGUGUGUACGGACCUACAUUAUGGGUGGUAAUUAUAAGCGUAUCCAUCCCAAAAAAACUCUUGAAUGAACUCCUCAGAAGAAUCAAGUCCCUGCCAUGUAUAGCAUAUUUAUUUAUUUAUUUAAUUCUCCGCCCCGGGGGAAGGGUUUACACCGAGCAUGCGCGCUCUUCCUUUCCCCAUCCUGACAUUCGUACAGUUUAAAGUUGUAAAGGAGCUGUGUUUGCUCAUAAGCUGCUCCGCCAGAGGAACUGCAGGUUGAGUGCCUUACUCAAGGGCACCUUGACACAAGAUUUUGAGGGAUUUAGUGAGUGUUAGUCACAGAGAGCUGUGAUGUUAAAGCGGCCGCCACCCCCAAAUACUAACAUGCUUUCAUUUAUUCUCCUACUAGUCUGUGACUGAAUUAAAGCAUUGUGCCAUGUUCUGUUUUCUAUCACGACAAAAGAUGGAGGGCAGAGCAGGAGAGCGUGGGAGGGAGUUGGUCAACUGCGUGUGUGUGUGUGUGUGUGUUGGCUCUUUUCAAGCGGUUCCUGGUUGAGAUUUGAGGGCUGAAGCCAACCGGAAGAUGAUUCUUUUUCAGAUUUUUGUAUUGUUUGGUGAAAAAGAAAUCCAUCGGCCUUCUGCUGAAUGAGACUGUUGUAACAAUCAGGCUCUCAAAAGCAUCUUCUGCACAAAGGCAGACAUUUUCCUUCCGACAAAUUCUUUACCUUCACUUCUUUAAACAAUAGCUUUUUCUCUAUAGCCUCCACGAAGAGUCAGAAAAGGGUAAAACACGUUGAUGAAUUACAGUAAAAAGGGAGCAUUUGAGCACAGCAAAAAGAUGAGAAAGCAUUCAUUUGGAAACUCUUGCAGUGUCAUUUAUGCUCACUGCUACCAAAACACACACUUUUUAUAAAACAUUACUAUGUUAAACAGUUCUGCAUUAACAGUGUUGCAGAAGUGUUUUGAAUAGUAAGGUUUUAGUUAAAAAAAUGUACAUUUGAAAAAAAUCUAACCAAUCAUAUGACAAAUUGUUUUCCUUUAUAAAAUAGACAUGUCAUAGCUUGCUUGGCCUCAUUUUGAGCAUUUACUGGUGUGUUGAGGAUGUUUUUGUGAAAGCAGGCCCCGGCCGUUCUUACAGGAACAGCUGAUUGGAGAGUGUAGCAGCAGGACUGCUCCAGCUUAACGUGCUUAAACCUGUCGGCUCACCGGACUGGAGAACAGCAGCAAAACAAGUCUACCAGCAGAGUAGCCAUCAAAACAUCCUCACCAUGGGGGAAACAUGUUCUAAGAAGAAGAGACUGCUUUGGUUUUCUAAGUAAGACUCACCAAGUAAAAAAACACCCAGCGCGUAUUUCUCCAAACUGGAUCACAACACAUCAAGCUUGUUUCUCAUGGAAGGAGGAAGUGGUGGCGGUACCGCUGAUUUUGAGCACCUUACUCGAGCCACACACACCUUUUUCCUCUUUCUACGUGAUUUGCGUACGACACAACUGUAGAUCAGCGAGCUUAGUGCCCCUCGCUCAGCCUCUGCGUGGCACAGAAGCAUGUUGACACAAGCAGAGCGGUGGAUAUGGACAGGAAGUUAUAUAUUUGGCUCUGCACACAGCGCUUCUGUUGCUUCGUAUAUCGUAUUAAUAGCGGCUGAUGGGAUCUGGGAUCCUUUUCAGGACUUGGCUGGAUUCCUGGAGCCAGAUCCUUGUACAGACCAAAAUGCUGAAGCGUAGUUUUCAGAGAGGAAGUACAUUUUAUAAAGCUGUACUGUUAGGAUGAAUAACCGCUUUCUUACAGGGAGACUUCCCCCUAUAGUCACUUUGGCUGUCGUGCUAACUAUUGUUUCCCAAUGUUCUAGGGUAGGCCUGUGCUGUAAUAUAGGAUUGUGACGAAAAAAUAUUUGUUGAUUGUUAUGUUUUAUUUAAAAAAUGACAACUUCGGCACCUUGAUGUCAGCAUUGGAUCUGUCUUUUUGUUUGUAUACCGGAACUGUUUUUUGACACGAUGCUUAUACUAUGUAAAGGACAUAUUUACUGAAUAUUUAGUCUGUGCUUCAUAAAGUAAGCUUUUAUACA